AUGCAAAAAACACAUUAUAGUUCAUUUAGCAUUACUUCUAAUUCAAUUGAUAAUUCAUAAAACAAUGCCUCUUUAAAAGGUAAGAUCUCAUCAUUAGAAUCACUCAUGUAUGAAGUGGCUGAUUCUGUUGAAAUUCACAGAAAGGAAUAUCAAUCAUUAAAAUAACUUAAAGAUGAAUUUGAAGCUAUUUUAUCCAAUAAAACUGAAGACAUGCUCAAAACACUUUAGAAUGAGUUAAUGUAAUAUCAUUUAUAUCUAUAAGCCAUUUAGAUGAUGAAAUGAAGAGAGAAGUUGGAUAUCAAUUAGCAGAAAAUUCUAGAAUACAAACUCAACUAACACAUCUCAAAGGUGAAAAGACUGCUCUGGCCAUUAAAUUAAAUGAACUACAAUUAAGAAUCUCUAAUCUAGAAGCACAAGUAGGCAAUCACGAAUAAAAUUGA